AUGCGCGACGGCGGAUGGCGGUGACGAAUGGCCGUUGCGUUCAGCGGAAAGGGAAGUGAAGAUCUUCGCGGGCGGUCAGCGACGACGUGCGUCGACAAAGGGCGAAUGUCGAGAUUUCUCAGCGUGCAGAGGAGAUGCGCGUGUCAGGAGACCGCGGGACAAUGAGUAAUGCAGAGUCGGCUGGAACGCGGGUCAUGAGUUCAGAAUGAGGAAAUCGUGCAACACGACGGCGGAGGCCCGGACAACGGACGGCCUCGAAAUUGCAAAACGUCUGCACAGGAGUAUAACGGAAAUUAUCAAGAAAUUGGAUGAACAGAAAAAUCAUGCUCAAAAAGUAAGCGACAUAUUUGUUUCAUCUGGAUAUAUUCUACGUACAAGGCUCAAGGAUUACUGUGAGAAAUUAAUAUUGAAGGAUCCUGUUGGAAAUGUACAUAAAACUGAGGAAUUAUUAUGGAGAAAAGCCUUUUACGAGGCUGUACAUGCUGCCAAAAGAUUACGGAAGGACAAUACCUGGAAUGAUUCUGAAAAAGAAUUAUUGUUACUGCAUUUGUCAGGGGGAGUGGGAUAUUAUCAUCAUCUGAUAUUAAAGUUACAAGUAGAAUAUGAUUUAGACCUCACUGGUGUCGUUGACUUCACAUUUAUUCACACUGAAAGUAUUUCAUCAUGUGUAAGCAUCUUCGGAAGAAAAUCUUAUGCAAAAACUAAGAUGAGCCAAACCAAAACAUACACCGGAGAAGUGAAAAAGAGUGUUAUGCGCUUGAUUCAUCGAAGUUUGGUAUGCCUCGGAGACUUGAGCAGAUACAAAAUAGAAUUAGAUCCAAACUGGGAUCCAAUGAUAGCAUACAGAUAUUAUAAAAUGGCUAUAGCUAUUGAUCCAAACAUCGGUAUGCCUUAUAAUCAGCUUGGCACUAUGGCGGGCAGUAAGAAUUACGGGCUCGAUGGAGCUUAUCAUUACUUGAGGAGUGUUUUGUGUUCCGAGCCAUUUGAAGGAGCAGAAGGAAAUUUAAACAGAUGUAUAAUAACUCAUUCUACUUGCACAGAUGAAAAUAAUAUUGUCCAUCAGUGUGUAUCGCGAUUAUUUUCUUUAUUACGUUUAUGGGAUUACGAAACUCCACAUUCUGACAGGGUGAAUCAAGAGUGUCAGGAUCUCUUAACUUACACUGAGAAGUGUUUGACAAUGGGAAAAAUUGAAUCGAGUAACGUGAUUUCUCUCGACAAUGUAGACAAUAUAGAGACAUAUCUUCAAAAUUGCAAAAACAGACCAAAUCUUUAUCUAACGGAUGACAUGAUGUUUAAAAUCGUGACAAUAUGCUUAAUGUCAAUUUCUAGACUAAAGAGCAAAGUUUCUAAGGAAGUUCAGGGUGUUGUUGCUAUAACUUUGGCGAUACUGUCGCAGUUACUACAAUGUACCGUGACAAAAUUACAAGAAAAUGUUAUGAACAUGGCAGUGUGCGAAAUAGACACUUACUCGUCGAAGUUGAAAAAUGCGGAGGGAAGUCGAGCGCCGUCUGAAAAUAACGGGCAACAGAAGGAAGAAAAAGAUUCUGCUAUAAGUAUAGACAAUAAUCUAUCCAAUCCGAAAGAGAAUAACAAAACAAAACCGUCAGAUAACGGAGUCGUGAGCGAAUCAGAUUCCAAAAAGAGUCGCGACAAAUCCAAGAGUCUUCUCAGCAAACUCCGCAGACGAAAAAGAAGAACCAGUUCCGACUCGGACACGAGUGACGUGGAUCACUCGACACUGGCGUCGUCCAGCGACGAGAUAAACUCAGACGUAUCCGAGACGGAGGAGGAUGACGCGUUGAGCGAAGAAAACUACGCGUUAUCGGAAGACGCUUUAUCCGACGAUAACACGGACGACGAAAAGUCGUUGAAGGAAGAAAAAGUUCAAAAUGACGAAAGCGCGGCAAAGGAAGAGAUAAAUGGUCACGCUGAUGAUGUUGUUGACAAAAAUAAGAGCAACAACAAGAGUAACAGCAAACAUUUGGUCAAUGGCGAACAGCACACAACCGAUCAACAAACGGAAUCGAAGAUGGCAGAUGACAAAGAUUCCCUAACGAAUUCUAGCAGUGUCGUGACUGUUAUGACGGAUUCGACUAGCACUUUUGAGGAACGCGAUGCGAAUUCCGUCUCUCACAUAGCGCAGCUGAAAAAACAGAGUUUGCAACCGGACGAUCUUUUGAAUAUGUUAAUGGAUAUGGAGAUUCUCGCGUCCAUCAAAGUGUGUUGCGAUUGGUUGCAAAGUAAUCCCGACAUUAUUAGGAUUUGCGCUAAGAGUUCACGAACACUGUUGAAGCGUGUUACGAUCUUGUUGAAUCUAAUUGACAUGGACGCCGGAGCUUUCGUACAAAAGAUCGAGGAUUCCACGAUCACUUCGAGCGCUGAGAGAUUGAAGGAGUGCGUGAAAAUCGUGCCUCUACCGGAGGAUAUCGAUCUCUGCGGAUUGAAUUUGCUGGAGGAUGCUCACAAAUCUCUAAACUGGCAGAUAUUGCGCAAGCACAAGAUGACCAAGCGGGAGGAGAUGCUGCUGCGAACGUUGAAGUUGAUCGAAUUCGGUCAUCAUCUUAGUUCUGUUGAGAAUUCAGGCGUACAAUACGAUCAGACCGAGCGAUUGUUUGUAGUGACGGACUUGAGUCCUUCGAACGCUCCGAAGAUGAACGACAAGAACGGACCGGAUCAUUCGAAGAGGAAACUCAUGAGACACAUGGGAAAACUGUGGCUGAAAGCCGAGGUUCGAGCUCUCGAGUGUCAGGUACUGUCUCAUAUGCCAUCACCGUAUUUCCUCGUACCUGAUCAUGAGGCUUUGGUCAAGCAUAUGAAGGCACUUAAAUGCUUAGUCAACACAAAAAAAUUUAUUGUAGUGAUCCCCAUUGUUGUGUUUUCCGCCCUGGACGAGAUAAAACGCGUAAGUAGCCAGGCGAGACACGCGACGCGCUGGCUGGAGCAUCAGUUUAAACUUGGCUCGAGAUUUGUACGACCGCAGAGAUCGGGUGAACGAUUGACGCUACCGCUGAUAAAAGGUCCGAAAACAAAGGAUAAGGAAGCGUUAUUGUUUUUUCAAAUAAUGGAGUGCUGUCAUUAUUUCACUAAAAAAUGCACCAGCGGUUCCACCGGUGGUGACGGGGAAGCACCGGUGACUCUCUUAACCGGUUGCGAUAUAGAUGAUAGGAGAAGUUUGACCUUCAGUCCCGAUGGAUUAGCGAAAAGUGCAGGUGUUAAUCUUGAACACAUAAUAUCAUUUCAAUUGAAAUGGAAAUCGUCGAGUAAGAGUCACGGUUGAACCGAACCGUAUUACUGGUACGUGAUCGUCUGCUGCUAAUCUCAUUCGGAGAUAUCAUCAAUUGUUCCGGUGUCGCAUAUCCGGAACGAUUCUCUCAAGCCAAGUGAAGAGCGAGCACGACAAGAGGGUUGGAAACCCGUACAUACGGAAAAUCGACAGAGUUGUGCCGCGACGAAAUCGAUACUGGAUAAAAAUGUCCUUUUCAAGCACAGAAGGGGAAAUCUAAGUAAUACUAAAUGACUUUUUGUUUUUUGGUUUUUUUUCUCUCUGUAACCAUUCAUAUCGCUUUUUAUGUUUUCACAAGGAUUGUAUUUUUAAGUAAACAUUUUUAAAUAAUAUCAGACGACGUG